AACUGGAAAUGAACUUACACCUUCAGCAAAAUAUGAUUUUAAAUUCAAAGAUUAUGCACCGUGGGUUUUCCGUCACCUUCGUGAAUUCUUUAGUAUCGAUGCCGCAGAUUAUUUAGUUUCUUUAACAAGUAAAUAUAUUUUAUCCGAAUUAAAUUCACCCGGAAAGAGUGGAAGUUUCUUUUAUUUUUCAAGAGAUUAUCGGUUUAUCAUUAAAACGAUACAUCAUACUGAACAUAAGUUCUUGCGUAAGAUAUUAAAGGAAUAUUAUGAGCACGUGAAGAAUAACCCGAAUACACUCCUCUCUCGUUUCUACGGAUUACAUCGAGUUAAAUUACCUCAUGGACAUAAAAUUCAUUUCGUAGUAAUGAAUAAUAUUUUCCCACCCCAUCGAGAUAUUCAUGAAAUAUAUGAUUUAAAAGGUUCAACCGUUGGUCGUGAAUAUAAUGAACAACUUGCUGUAAAUAACCCUCGGGCAGUUCUUAAAGAUUUAAAUUGGGUUAAUCGCAAUCGUUGUUUGGAAUUUGGACCUGAAAAACAAAAGAUUUUUGUUGAACAACUUAAAAAAGAUGUUGCGCUACUUCAAAGAUUGAAAAUCAUGGAUUAUAGUCUCUUAGUUGGUUUGCAUGACACUUCUCGAGGGAAUAAGGAUAAUAUUCGUGAAACUUUCUUUGUUUUCCAACCCAACACAAAGAAAAUCGAACGUACGCCAUCAACUCAUAAACGAGAAAGUAAAGCCUCCAAAUUACGUAAAGUAGUUGUUCAAGCGGAUCCAGUUAAAUUGGGACCUUCUUCUACCAAGCUUGUACUAGAUCAUAACAACCGUCGUAAUUGUAUAUUUUACAUGGAUGAUGGUGGAUUUGCUGGUACCGAUGAAAAUAACAAUUUAACCAAUUAUAUAUAUUAUUUGGGAGUAAUUGAUAUUUUGACACCUUACAAUACUGUUAAAAAAAUUGAGCACGCUUGGAAAUCCAAAAUGAUAUCAGCUGUACAUCCUCGAUGCUCGAACAAUUCAAACAAUUCAUCCACUUCAUCAUAA